AUGUGUCUCACAGCAGGGGGCGCUGCUGCCCUGCACUGUGCAGUGAUGUGUCUCACAGCAGGGGGCGCUGCUGCCCUGCCCUGUGCAGUGAUGUGUCUCACAGCAGGGGGCGCUGCUGCUCUGCACAUCACAGAUGGACUGUGCUGCCGGUCUUGGAGCUCCAGUUUCCCGGUGGUCCUGGUUGUGAUGUUAGCGAUGGACCGACAGAGCUUCCUCCUCAGCACCCCCCCCCUGGCCGCUCUACACAGCAUGGCUGAGAUGAAGACCCCCCCCCUGUACCCGGCCUUCUCCUCCCCGGGAUCCGGGUCCUCCUCCACUUCCCCGAACCCGGGCGGAGUGGCGGGCUCCUCCCCGGGCCUGAAGAGCUGCUCCUCGGCUCUCUUCUCCUCCGCGACCCCCCACGGGAUUAACGACAUCCUGAGCCGGCCCUCUGCGCUGCUGCUGCCCGGCGGGUCCUCUUCCCCGGGGCUCUUGUCCUCUGCGCUGCCCCGGUGUCCACCCCCCGGGCUCUAUUUCAGCCCCCGGUACCCGAAGCCCCUGACGGAACUGCCGGGCCGGACCCCCAUCUUCUGGCCGGGGGUCCUGCAGAGCCCCCCGCACUGGAGGGACGCGCGGUUCUCCUGCUCCCCCCACCACGGCUCGGUGCUGCUGGAUAAGGACGGGAAGCGGAAGCACACCCGGCCCACUUUCUCCGGGCAGCAGAUUUUCGCUCUGGAGAAAACCUUCGAGCAAACCAAAUACCUGGCGGGACCGGAGCGCGCGAGGCUGGCCUAUUCUCUGGGAAUGACCGAGAGCCAGGUCAAGGUGUGGUUCCAGAACCGGAGGACCAAGUGGAGGAAGAAGCACGCGGCGGAAAUGGCGACCGCGAAGAAGAAGCAGGACUCUGAGACGGAGCGCCUGAAGGGGGGGUCUGAUGAAGAGGAGGAGGACGAAGAUUAUAACAAACCUCUGGACCCCAACUCUGACGACGAGAAGCUGCAUGUGUUGCUCAAGAAGCACAAGCCCGUGCACGCGCUGCACGCUUCGGACAAUGACAGCUCCUAAUCUGCACAUAAAAAAUUACAUUUAUUUUAUUCUUAAUUUCUUUUGUUUUUAUUUGUUUUUAUUUCUGUUUCUGGAGGUGAACACGAACUCUCCGAGUUGCACAUUUUCAGAUUAUAAGGAUUUUCUUUUUUGCAAGCCGAUGGAUCCGUUCGGUUCUUCUUCGGUAGACUUUCGGUUCCGGUUUUUCGACGGACCUCCGGCUCCGGUUCGACGGACCUCCGGAUCCUGUUCGACGGACCUCAGGCUUCGAUUUGGACUCUUGUAAAUAAGAAAAGCCCCCGCUGUGACUCUCCGUGUUUUUGUACAGACCAGCUUUCAUUUCCUUUUGUAUUCACUGCAGAGACUCCAGUCGGUUCCUGAA